AGUCAUAUUGCUUCCAUCAUUGAAGCACAAUAUCAUGUACGAGUAGGUGAGCGUACAAUCAAGACCCGCUUGAGUGGUGGGAUUAGCAAGCGCGACAGUACAGCUACCACUGAUUCUUCUCUACACGGCCGUAUUAAGGAGUUGUUCUUUGAGCGAUGCCUCUCAGAUGCAGAGAUUUUACGUACUGUUCGGUAUGAAGGCUACACAGUCUCUGCACGGGCACUUCGACGGAUCCGUACGGAGCAAGGCCUCGUCCGACGAACAGAUGAAUCUAGUGAGCGUCAACUCCAGGAUGAUAUAGCUACAAAUCACCUACUUGAAGCAUAUAAUGAAGGGACUAUCCAAGGCUACGGACGAGAGCUUUUGUUUGCUCAUAUGCGUGGUGAACUUCUCAUUAUUCCAAGAUACCGGCAACAUAAUAUCUACCGUACGGCUGCACCUGAGGCUAUACAACAACGGAAGAAUGACAUGCAGCGAAGUCGUGGCUCGUACAUGAACCCAGGUCCAGAUCAUUUCUGGUCCGUGGAUGGUUAUAUGAAGCUAGAGCCGUACGGUAUCCGAAUCCAUGCAGCCAUUGACGCGUAUACUCGCUAUAUCAUCUGGGUCUAUAUUGGCAUUGAUACUCGUACGUCAGUCAGUGUUGUAGGACAAUAUAUUGUUGCUGUACAUGAACGGAAGAUUAUCUGCAAUAAAAUUCGUUCCGACCAUGGAUCAGAGACAUCUUUACCUGCUAAAGCCCAAGCGUACGAGCCAGAGAUUGAAGCAACAGAGUGUUGUAUCUUUGGUUCUAGUACAGCAAAUCAGAGAAUCGAGGCUCGGUGGGCACAGCUAAGUAAAUCAUCACUUUUUCGAUAUCAUAGCUACUUCAAAGCCUUGAUGGAAGUAGGAGACUCCUCUAGAGAUAUGAUACCAGAUCAAAAUGCUCUGUACGCUGUUUAUAUGCCUAUGCUUCGGACACAGGUCUCAUCGUACGUAGGUACCUGGAACCAACACAUCAUCCGGAAGCAACCACAGAGGCCAUACGUUGUCUUUGAGGCUUUGAGAUGGCGUCAGGUGGGCUUUGACCCUGAAAAGCCACCAGCAGUACGUCCGGACGAAGCAGCGACCCCUUUUCGUACGAUCUACCUUGGCUUGCGGGAACGGUUGAUAGUACAUAUGAGAUCCUACGCUAAGCCAGAAUUGACACUAUCCGAGGCGCCAACUGGAGCUUUUGAUUGGCUUGAGCCACAGGGAUCAGAGUAG